CACUGCAUAAUUCAAAUCAGAGCAGGAGGAGCAGAGCAGCUGAAACUUUUGUUGAGCUAGUGAGAUGGGUCGUAGUAGUAAACCACAUGUGAUACUCGUACCGUACCCAGCCCAGGGCCAUGUUGCUCCUCUCAUGAAAUUGGCGUACAAUCUUGCUAGCCACGGCAUCAAGGUCACCUUUGUUAACACAGAGUUCAUACACAUGAAAAUUGUGUCCGCAAUGUCUCCUGAAACCGCACACCAUUGUCCGAUAAAUCUAGUCGCGAUUCCUGAUGGAUUGGAGUCUAACUCGUCCGGUGAGCAAGACAGAAAGAAAUUGAUAGAGAAUGGACCAAAGCAUAUGUGGGUUCAUCUCCAAAAUCUGAUCGAAAGUAUUAAUUGUGCGAACAAUGAUACGCAUGUUACGCAUCUUAUUGCCGAUAUAGCAAAUUUGUGGGCACUAGAAGUAGCCAAGAAGAUGUGUAUCAAGACUGUCUCAUUUCUACCUUAUGCGCUAGGAAACUUGGCAAUGAUGCUGCAUGCUCCUAAGCUUGUUGAGGCUGGAAUUCUAGAUGAUUAUGGACUUCCAAUCCAAGAAGAUCAGUUGGUUUCUCUAUCUAAAGAACUUCCUACAUGGAACAUAAAUGAACUCGCAUGGAGUAUUAAUGGCGACUCGGAAAGACAGAAGUUUAUAUACAAGCAUUUUAUCAAAAAUAUUACAGAACAUAUAAAAAUUUCUGAUUCUGUAGUAGCGAAUUCCUCUUAUGAACUCGAACCAUCAGCCUGUCACUUGAUUCCAAACAUUUUACCUAUCGGUCCACUGCUCGCAAGUGCCCACACUGGACUUUUUGCUGGGAACUUAUGGCCGGAGGAUUCAACUUGCUCAAGAUGGCUCGAUCAACAGCCUACCGGAUCAGUCAUCUACGCCGCAUUCGGCAGCACAGUGAUCUGCAAUCAACAUCGAUUUAUUGAACUAGCACAUGGUCUUGCAAUCACAGGCCGUCCAUUUUUGUGGGUUGUUAGGUCAGAUUUUACAAAGGAUAACGGAGCAAUUGAAGAAUUUAUGGACUCUGACAUUUUGAAGAGAAUUCAAAAUUUUGGAAAAAUAGUAAACUGGGCUCCGCAGGAGAAGGUAUUGGCUCAUCCUUCGAUUGCGUGUUUCUUUUCGCAUUGCGGAUGGAAUUCUACGAUGGAAGGUGUGAGCAUGGGGGUGCCAUUUUUAUGUUGGCCUUACAUUGUGGAUCAAUUCCAUAACAGAAAUUACAUUUGUGAAGCUUGGAAAGUGGGUCUGGCUGUAAAUUCAGAUGAAAAUGGGAUUGUUACUAGGCAUGAGAUUAAGAGCAAGAUUGAGGAAUUGGUCUCUGAUAAGGAUAUAAAAGCUAAUUCUCUCAAACUGAAAGAAAUAGUUAAAAAGAGUGUUGGUGAAGAUGGUACUUCUUACAAGCAUUUUUUGAGCUUUGUUGGUCAAAUAAAGCAUUAGGUUGUUUUUGGUGGUAUAAUAAACUAUUGUUGCUAUAUGUAAUUAUGUGAUAUUUAAAUCUGAGAAUUUUAGUGUUCAAAUCUUCCCUCUCUUUUUUGAUUC